AUGUUUAUGGAUCGAGAGAGAAGGAAUUCUGGUCGUAAUGGGACUCCAGAAUACAGCAAUGGAAAAUUCCGAGAUGAUAAUGGUUAUGGAUUCUUAGAUCGAUCGAAAAAUUGCCGUGAAAGGAGUCCGACUAGAUCGUCUCCUUCGAGGAUUCUUCGGAUCCCGUCUCCGACUUCGUCUCCUCCACCUUCUAGUUAUUCUCCGCCGUUUCAUGGUUCUAACUCGCCUGACCGUGGAUACAUCGAACACCGUGUCUCUAAGUUCGAUACUCUCGCCGGCAUUGCCAUUAAAUACGGCGUUGAGGUUGCAGAUGUGAAGAAGAUGAAUGGUCUUGUUACUGAUCUUCAAAUGUUUGCUUUAAAGUCUCUUCAGAUUCCAUUACCUGGAAGGCAUCCUCCUUCUCCAUGUUUGUCUAAUGGCUCCUUAAACCAUGGAGAGGGAUGUUCAUGCCACGAACCGGAAUCCCCAACCCAUAGCAACAACGAGGUGUUUGACUCGUUCCAGUCUCUGAGAUUGAAAUCUUCAGAAAAGAAGGUUUCUCCAGCCAUGUACUCAUUGCAAGGUUAUUACGGGUUAAAACCGGCGAACAGAACAGUUUCUGAAGGAGUAUGCUUCGAGAUGGGAAAUUACAAGACAGAGACUUCUCAUCGUCACUCAAACAACAACGGUGAUAGUCAUUAUCUCAGACCUUUCCCAUCCACAAACACUCCCUUAAAUCACCACAGGAAAUCAAGAAGCCUGGUCAACGCACUUCUCGAAGAGGUCAAGCAAUCACCCGAUAACAAUACCCCUCAAGAACCAAAUACCGAUAAGUUUAUGAGAAGACGCCAAAAAUCUGAAGCCGAUUUCUCAUCCCGGACUCCAGAACUUCUGUUGAAAGAAGAGAACGGUAGCAGCAAUGGCGGGUUUUUAUCGAUAGCCGGAAAAGGCUUAGCAUUGAGAUCGAAAGCUUCAAGCAGAACCAAUCUAUCAGCAGAAUCAGAGACCGGCAAUUUCAAUCCAGUACCAAUCAACUUGAUGGAUGCUCCAGUUUCAGACAGCUUUUGCAUUGUAAGAAAAUCGUCGAGUGCAUCGAGCCUACAAGAUCCAGACGGUAACAGCAAUAGUAACGGUUCGUUGUCUCUAUGGCCAACCUCUAAAUGGAGCAUAAACCCAGAUUUGCUUACACCUGCGGCUAUUACAAGCUCAAUCUUUGAUGGAUUACCAAAGCCUUUAACAGGCCGGAAAAACAAAACGGCUCUGGACUAA